UAUGGUACCCGAAGAGAGGCGGUCGAUCCGUGUUGCACAUCGCGCACUUUUUCAAACACUUCCUGAUAUUUAUUCAUGUGCAGUCAGUCUCGGCUUAUUUGUACGUGCAACGAUAAUAUGCCGCCGGGUAAUCAUUCUGAGGUAUCAAGAAGAGCGAUUACCUCCAGCGGGACAGAUUGCAAAUUAAAUGAAAAGUUCCUAAUAUGCAGACGACGUCCCACCACUCCGUAGCCAAAGGGGCUGCGUCUGUUUCAGCUGGCACCGUGGCCUUCAUAUGGUAUUCAAAAGGUGUUUUACCUCGCCCUAAAAACUACCACACUUACUUCAAUCACAUACACUGGAAUAUGCUAUUUUACCAGCCUGUCAGAGAACAGUUACAAAAACGUCAAAAUCAAUAUAACGGAACCUAGCACGGGAAACAGACGCGCCAACAAAAUGUCCGACUGGCAGGGCGAGCUAUUUCACCGAUUUUAGCUUGCAGUGAGGACUCUGAGGGAUAGUGCCCCCUUCAUUAUAUAAAAAAUUAAAUAGCUAAGCGGACCAGGAGGCUACUUGGGUCCUAGAACCGCUGAUAAACCGGUAAAAAGGCCUAGAAAAAGAGACAAGUUAGUUGGUUCGUGCGACCAUAAACAAUAAACAAACCCUGAGGCGAGUGGCGCGGGGGGACGCUCGCUGGGCCCCGCUCCUCGAUAUUUUCUCCUUUUUCGCGUCAUCCAGGGAGAGUUCGCCCAUGAAUCCUUCAGGCGACAUCAUUUUGCCAAGGAUGACUCUUUACAGCAGCAAUAUUAAAUGACAAAAACAGCACCAUAAUUUUAAGGAAGUCUGCCUCUUCCUGGUGUCAUACACAUGACUCCAUGAUGCCCCUCCUUCUUCCAUUGUUACUCCCAGAGUAUAGAAGAUAUGGUAUGGUGUAGGCCGCCAGGCCUCUGGUCUCGUACCAAAGAGUCAAAAAUAUAUAAUAGCAACUCUUCUUAGAGGAUUAUGGCAACUUGGUGGUAAGCCAUUGGCUGCCUACAGUUGAAAGUGUAGUUCAAUUCUGAGCCUUGCUAGUUUGGCUCCUUAGUGAAGAAUUUUAUAAAAGAAAACAAGUGGCUUUGGCCACAAUAUUUUUUGGGUAAUAUUUUUCAGAAACACAGACUAAAAUGCCUACAGAGAGCCUUGGAUUAGAUUCUAGAAUGGACAUGGACCCUAAAGGCUUUAGUCCCAUGUCAGGACCAGAAGAUAAUAUGAGUUCACCUCCAAGUGUAUUAACAACAGCCUCUGCAGGAUCCACCCCCUCUUCCAUCCCCUCUGCUGGGUCAACACCAUCAUCCAUUCCAUCAGCGGGAUCAACUCCAUACCAGUAUAAUACUCACGAAGAUGUUGGGAUGAAGCCCAUCACCCCUUCAUCUGACCAUCAGCCCAUCACCCCAAUGACACCAGACCAGCCUAUCACCCCAGACCAACCCAUCACUCCCGACCAGUCCGUUCCAUCCGACCAGCCCAUCACGCCCGACCAGCCUGCCCCCCGCAGUCCAGGGCUGUAUGCAGACAAUGUCAAAGAUGGGAUCUACGUGGAGAAGAUGGAGGUGAGCCCCAGCACGGCCACCAGACACGCCCACCCGAGUGGCAGCAGAGGCAGCGAGCGUCGGGAGGACUGUUCGUGCAUUCUGUGUGAGGACCACAGAAGACACGCCAAUGACCCCCAGCCAGAAACUGAGGGUGACAUAAAGUAUAGUGGUGAGAUCAAAGUGAAAACAAAGAGAAACAAAGACCCCAAUGCACAGCGGAAGCCUCGUAAGCGUAAACAGUCUGGGAAGAUGCAUUAUCAGAGUGAGAUUUCCCAAGAUUCUGAAGAAACUGGAAUCAGGAUGAAGAUAAAGAUGACCUUCCCUCCAGCUAAAGACAAUGCUGCAUGCCACGCAGUAACAGACUCCUCAUACGGGAACCGAACUCUCAGUGUUAUGUCUAGUCCAGGUGAGAAGGGACCAGGAAAGAGAAAAGGUUCCCAAAGUUGUGACAGUGAUAACUCCAGGUUUUCUGCUGGAGAAGGUGGGAAGAGAAGGAGAAAAGCGUCGGAGUUCGUUGAGUGGGGUCCAGUUCAGAGUGACGUGGAUGGGGAGCCACAGUCCGUGUGGGCCUGGAAAUUACCGCAAAGUGUUCUCUUCUACAUUCUGGACUUGGCCACUCGUUCUGUGGGAGCCAUUCCUCUUCUUCCAAGAACCUCAAGAGUUUGCAGAUUGUGGCGACAAGUAUCAACAGACAAGCGGCUGUGGCACACAGCUGACCUGGCCACGGGGCGCAUCAAGCCCCGGCACCGCAAUGAGAAGAAACUCUUGUGGCUCCUGGAAAACAGACUGAGUGAUGUUUCAGACCUCACUUUGGCUGGAUGGAAUGAAGCUGUGACACCACAUCUCUUGCCAAGACUGGUGCAGUUGUGCCCAAACCUCACUGGUCUCAACCUUUCUUACUGCCAUAAAAUCCAUUCAGAAAAUCUUCACACCUACUUGUCUAACUGUCCAAAGCUUCAGCGCUUGGAUUUGACAAAUGUCAUGGCAUCUCAUAAGCCGACCCCACGUUGUGCUGUUGGGCAGCAGACAUUGUCAGAUUUAGCAUCCACAAUGAAGGAGCGACUGACCCACCUCACCCUGGCUAACAAUACUCUGUCCAACAUGCCAUCACUCAUCAAAUCAUUAUCUGAUAACUGUCCAAACCUCCAAACAUUGGAUCUGUCAAACGUGAUGACCAUUGGACGUGAUUGUGUGUUAAUCAAUAUUGAGAGGCUACAAAAGGGCUGCACAAAAAUGAAAACGCUGAGACUGACCAAUUCAAUGGUUCGACUUGCACAGACAUCACUGUCUGAACAAGCAUCAUCACCAGGAUUUCCUGAUUUGGAGGAAUUAAGUUUGGCAGUGGAUGGUAAUCUUAGUGUUGGUAUGAAUGAUGGAGAACUAGAGAGGGUUCUCAAAAACUCUCACAAGCUUCGUCUCCUUGAUGUGAGAGGGUGUAUGAACAUCACAGAUUCAUCACUAGUUCGCAUUCCACCUUGGGACUUGGAGCACCUGUUUCUUGCUGGCUCAACCUCACCCAAGAGCUAUUCUGACAGGCUGGAAUUGGUGGUUCGCAAGUGGCAGCACUCUCUGGUAGAAUUAGAUUUGUCCUGGACAGCUAAUGCAGACAGUAUUGAUGCAGCUGUAAUGGCUAUAUCAGAAGAGGCUGAUAAUAAGCUCAGGUACCUGAAUAUGUGUGGGUCCUCAGUUACAUUCACUCCUAUACGACAAGUAUUAACAAGAUGUAGCCAUCUAGAAAACCUGAACCUAACUUCCUGCCGUGCCCUACCACGAGGGGUGAAACGUUUCCAUGAGGCAACUCAGUUGGUGACCCUUCGAGCAGAUAUAGCAAGUGGUAAAUUCGAUGAGGCCCCCGACGAAGAUGAAGAUGAUUAAACCACUGGAGGGGCCACUAAAUGAGAGCCAAAUUUCUGACCAGCUCAUGUGCCCAGUACAAAGCAAAUAUGGUUUGCCUUCCAGCUAGUGACUGUGAGGACUCCUUCAGGAAAGGAAAUCCUACAUGCCUGAUGAGGGGAAGUAGGCCUCACAAAUUGGAUUAGCAAGUCGAGGUCAAAUGAAUAUUUUGAUGACGUUUACCACAAAAAUAUGGUACUGUAUAUUGUUUUGUAAAUGUUUUACAGUCUAUGAUGGGUGGGUGGGGGAGGAAUUAUAUAUGAUGUUUAUAGUCUCUCAGUAUGUAGGCUUGUAUUCAGUAAAGUGCCUCAGGCUAAGCAUUAUGCUCCCCCUAUCCUUGGCAAGCAGUAUGUUUUCAGAGCCAUCAUGUGUUGUCCAUAUGGAGUACAGACAUGCUUGAUGAAAGUGUCUUGUAAUUUAUAAGAGAUGUCAAGGAUUAAUGGCCAACAAUGGUUACCGUGGGAUGCUGGUGUGAUGUUUAGUCUGUGCGCAUCUCAAAAAUUGGCUUGUAGGUUUUCUUGUUUAGUCUGUGUUUGUUGUCUUACUACCAGGUCCUCCAUAGUUAAUAAUUUUCCAAAAGUAAUAUCCUGCCAGUACUAAAUUAUGUUUGUCCUAACAUUGCAUUCCUGACAAGUCACUCUUGUCUUGGAUGCCUCCAGUAACAUUAAUAAUAAUUUCCAUAAAUUGAAUUUUAUAUCUAUGCAGUUAUUACAAUGAAAUUUGGGUCAGGUUUGUUUUGCAAAUAUUGACAUUAGAUACGAAUAUUUAAGGAUAAGUUUUAUUCAUAUAGUUUUGAAUAAAUACUCUGACGAUAAAAAUUCUCAACAUUUGUUGCUGCAUGCAGAAAGACCAUAUACCAUUAAUAGUAACUGUAAAUUCACUGAUCAUAAUGUGUUCAUUUUCUGGGUUUAUGAUUAUAAUUGUUACUUUAAGCAGACCAUGCUCACUAUUACAUAAACUUGCCUGUUAUUGAAAUUCAAAUUGUAUGUAGUAAUGCCUUCAUGAUUUGAGGCCUAGAAACCAUACCAUAAGAAAGUGCAUAUCCAAUCAUUACACAUAGAUGAAAUAGAUCUGUAUUAUAUAUAUUACAUAUAUAUCUAAGGGUUGUUUUUGUUAUUGCUACAAAUGCAUGACAUAUAUUGAAAAUAUUUAAUUAUUUAUCAUUAGGUUUGAAAAAUUGUCUCAAUGACAAAAUUGAAUUAGUUGUGUUAUAUUCCACCAUUAUUUGAUCAAGAGUACAAUAAUGACAUUGGUAUUAUAGAGAGGAAUAGCAGUAUUUUUCUUGAAAUAUUGAUGUUCCAACAUAUAUUUACUAUAUUUUUAAGUUCUAAAUCUUUCCAUUUCUAAAAUUCAGACUGUCAUCUAAGGAAAACUGAAGGUAACAGAUUAACCCAGAGGUAAAUUUUACCAGACUUGUGAUACGUUAAACUUCGUUAACCUUUAUCAUUCAAAUAGUAUUGGCAUGGUUUGGCAUUAUUCUGAAGCAUUAGGAUCUAUAUUAUGAAUUAAUACUUUGCACAAUAGUAUUCUUACGUCCUUUUCAAGGACAUGCGUAAAAUGCUGUGCCUUCCUGUGUCCGUGACAGCCAUUUAUUAUUGGUCCACAUUCUAGUUACCACUCGGGUAUUCAAAAUUUAAUAUUGUAAAAGAAUAAUUUUCAUUGUAGUCUUUCUCUCCUCAGUGGUAACUGGACACAAUGGACUCUUGUAUAAAGCAAUGGUUGGAUGCAUUUUUUACAAAAUAUCAGAUUGAUUGAUUUUUUUAUAAAGCCAAUAUUUAGUGCUUGUUAUUUUAUUUGUCUUAUUAUUAUUUUUUUUUUUUACACAGGUUAUUCACCAAGAUAAGGUCUGGUGUGUUAUAUUUUUUUGACAUGGUCAGCAUUUAGCUAUAUAAGAAAAUAUACACAAAAUGCUGUUUAUACAAAUUACAUGCUUAAAACUUUUAUUUAUUUAUUUUUUUCUGUACUCUGCUUUGGUUAAUGGGUAUAAUAACUGUCACAUGAUGAGAUAAUAAUCUAAAUUAAAUAGCAUAUCUGUGUGAUCACAAAAUAAUGGUUUACAUAUUUACUUUUGAGUACCAUAGAAUCUUUCUCAUUUAGAAUCUUUAACUGCAUCGCUACACUUAGCUCUGGGGGACUCAUUGAAACUUAACUACCAUCUGUGCUUAAAGUUUAAAGUGGAAGUCUGGCACUGGAAAACCAUCUUUAUACCAUUUGAUACAUAGGCUCAGCAUUUGAAAGACAAGAUAUGUCCAUAAAUCAUUAUUCAGAUUAAACUUGUGUUACCAUUCUAACUGAUGAAACUGCUGCAAAAUAAUGUUAAUGGAUUAUCAUGCUUCUUUCGCUGUAAAGUGAUUAGACUUACCAUGUGCAGUUUUAAUUUUCUUUCAUUAAUUUUUCACUUGAAAUAAUGACCACACCAGUUUGUUACUUCCAAGCAUUCAGUUUUAGAAUACUAACAUGAAUAACAUUUGAUUUUAUAACUAGUUACUGAAGUUUUCAAAUUUUUGCUGCUUGGAAUGAAACUGACUUAGCACCCAUAGUGUCCCUGUAAGAGUACAUGGACAUCAGCCCGAUGCAUGCUCCAGUCCUCAGCUUGACAGAAUCAUUUAGAACUUAUGUUACAGUGAAAACAUGACUCUAUUUGAAGAAAACCAAAGUUUUUUCAAAUAAAAUCUCAUUUUUAAGAUC